CAAAUGCUGGACAGUCAAUGAAAAUCGCUAUUAGCUGAAUCAUCAACAUUCUCCCACAAUUUUGGUUUAGUUUUUUUUUGCUUCGUUCGAUAUUUGACAUUGGGUGCGAGGAGAGAUUUUCGUUUUUAUUUUCAAUCAAAGUGAACAUUUUCAAAGCAAAAUUAAUAAAAGUACAGAAAUCAAUUAAUUUGAAUUGAUUUGCACGAAAGGACUGUUUUUUUUUGUAAAACAAACAAUGUACAAGAUUUUCACCAUUUUUAUUGCUGUUAUUAUAACAUCGUGUCUAGCACAAAGGCCGCUACGAUUUCGGAAUAAAAGAAUUCCAUAUGAAGACGAUGAUUACCGCGACAACAAUGGCGACUUCGACGAUGAUCGUCCAAAUGAAAUAAAUAAUUUGCGACCAUACGAUCAUCACGGCGGUAAUCGUUUCAAUCAAAUGCAUGAUAUGAAUCGACAAACACAAUUUGAUGUGGGCGGAGGACGUGAUCCACCAUUGGAUUACAGUGGAUUUAGAGCUUAUAAUCAACGACCACUUUUGAAUCCGUUGCAACCACAACAACUUCAGCAGCAGCAGCCACAGCAACUUCAGCAACCACAACAAAAUCAACAGCCACAACAAAUUCAACAACAGCCCCAACCGUAUGAAGCAGGCGGUCGUGUUGGUGCCUUUGGCUAUAACCCGUAUGGCCAAUAUACCUAUAACCCUUACGGCUAUCGUCCCGGCUAUUAUGGAUGGAAUAGACCUUCACAAAGUGUGGAUCCAUGGCGAAAUUCAUAUGGGCUCGGUUUUCCAUUUAACUUGUUGGGAUUAGGUGGCGGCAGCAGCAGCGCAUAUCGACCCUGGUGGAGUUCCAAUCGAUUUCCAUUUGGACUUUUCUAACAUCUUUCGAUUUUUUGUUGCAAUAUAAACAAUUUGUAGAUACAGUAAAGAAAAUAAAAUGCGAUAUGAUGCUCUAAUUUUAAGAAAAA